CCUCGUUUUCAGGUUCAGUACUCUCAUGGAUGGGUCUGAAUUGGACGACUUAAUGGACGACUUGGAAUUGAAUUCCAAGUGGGGAAUAUAUAUCUAUCUUGUUCUCCCGUACCCCUGCUUUCUCUAUAUAAACCACAUGAUUCAUAAUUGAGGAAUCACAAGAUUCUUCACAACAUUUCUCUUUCUGAAUCCAUGGCGUCUCCAAUAAUUUUCUUUCGUAUUGGCCUUCUUUCUUUAGCAAUCUCACAGUUCAUGAUAUCCACUGUGGCCGAGUUGGAUAAUUACAUUGUUCACAUGGAUUUAUCCGCCAUGCCAAAGGCCUUCUCCAGCCACCAUAACUGGUACUUGGCCACCAUUUCUUCAGCUUCUGAUGAUUCGUUGAUCUCUUCAUCGAAGCUCAUCUAUGGAUAUAGUAAUGUUAUCCAUGGAUUUAGUGCCAGUUUAUCUAAUUCCGAGCUUGAAGCCAUCAAAAGAUCACCCGGGUAUGUUUCUUCAUAUAGAGACAUGGCGGCCAAAGUUGACACUACGCAUUCUACCCAAUUUCUUGGCCUGAACUCCGCCUCCGGCGCAUGGCCGGUCGGAGAGUACGGCGAUGGCGUGAUAAUCGGGUUGGUCGACUCGGGGAUCUGGCCGGAAAGCGAGAGCUUCAGCGACGAUGGAAUUGGCGAAAUUCCGGCGAGAUGGAGAGGAGCUUGCGAGAGUGGAACCCAAUUCAGCCCCUCGUUGUGCAACAAGAAGCUCAUUGGGGCCCGGUUUUUCAACAAGGGGCUGGUGGCUAAGUUCCCCAAUGUGACCAUUGCGAUGAACUCCAGCCGGGACACCGACGGCCAUGGCACCCACACCUCGUCCACGGCCGCCGGGAAUUACGUGAAGGGCGCGUCCUACUUCGGCUACGCGCCGGGAACGGCCAACGGUGUGGCUCCAAAGGCCCACGUGGCCAUCUACAAGGCUAUAUUUGACGAGGGUGUUUACCUUUCCGAUAUUCUGGCCGCCAUUGAUCAAGCGAUCACCGAUGGUGUUGAUGUCUUGUCCCUUUCUCUGGGAAUAGACGGCCUUCCGUUGUACCAAGAUCCCAUUGCUAUAGGCACGUUCGCAGCUUUCGAACGAGGUAUAUUUGUCUCAACAUCGGCGGGGAACGAGGGGCCAUACCUCGAGACCCUGCACAACGGGACCCCUUGGGUUCUCACUGUCGCCGCCGGCACCAUAGACCGUGAAUUCUACGGGACUGUAAGUCUCGGCAAUGGGGUUUCAGUCACCGGCUCGACGCUCUAUCCAGGAAACUCGAGUUCCAGCCCGAUGCCACUUGUGUUCAUGGACAUGUGUGACGACGUCGAGGAAUUAAACAAGACCGGGUACAAAAUUGUUGUGUGCCAAGACAAGAACAAUUCCUUGGGGGAGCAGUUUUAUAAUGUUCAGAUUUCAACGGUUGCUGGAGCCAUCUUCAUAACCAACUACACUGACUUAGAACUCUUCCUGCAAAGCCUUUUUCCUGCUUUGUUUCUCAAUCCCAAGGAUGGAGAAAUUGUUCUGGACUACGUCAAGAACACCAAAUCGCCGGAAGGGAAAUUCGGGUUCCAAGGAACUAAAAUAGGGACUAAACCGGCGCCAAGAGUGACAAGCUACAGCUCGAGAGGGCCAUCGCCGACCUGCCCAUUUGUGCUCAAGCCGGAUCUCAUGGCUCCCGGCUCACUGAUCUUAGCUGCAUGGCCUCAGAAUGUCCCGGCGGCCUACUUGAUCAAGUCCGGCGUCGACCUUUUCAGCAACUUCAACAUCUUGUCAGGGACGUCAAUGUCGUGCCCGCAUGCCGCCGGAGUGGCGGUGCUGCUGAAGGCGGCGCACCCGGAAUGGAGUCCGGCAGCCGUCCGGUCGGCCAUGAUGACAACCUCGUACUCCACCGACAGUGCUUCGAACCCAAUUCAGGACAUUGGAUACGAUAACCAUCCGGCAACGCCUCUAGCCAUUGGAGCCGGACAUGUUGAUCCAAACAAGGCAUUGGACCCAGGCCUCGUCUACGACUUGGGAGUACAAGAUUACGUAAACCUCCUUUGUGGAAUGAAUUUCACGGCCCGCCAAAUAAAAACCAUAACAAGAACGUCUAAUUACAGCUGCGAGAGCCCAUCAUUGGACCUCAACUACCCUUCUUUUAUAGCUUAUUUCAACGCCAAUACUUCAGCAUCUAAUGGGAACAAAAUGAUAGAAUUUCAAAGAACGGUGACAAAUGUUGGGGAGGGAAGGGCGAGCUACGUCGCGAAGGUGACGCCAAUGGAGGGAUUAAGCCUUAGGGUGGUGCCUGAUAAGUUAGUUUUCAGGGAAAAGAAUGAGAAACAAAGCUUCAAUCUGAGAAUUGAAGGCCCAAUGCAGUUGAAAGAGACGGUGGUUUAUGGAUCUUUAAGUUGGGUGGAAACUGAAGGGAAGCAUGUUGUCAGAAGCCCCAUUGUGGCAACCAGCUUGAGUUCAGAACCAGUGUCAGGAUAGAACUCAGUAACUCGCCUGCUCCAACACUCGUCUGAUAAAUUGUUCCCAAUCUCUCAAUAAAAAAAUAAUUAUCUAAGCCAGGUGUAUGGAUAGAUUUGUAUAUUGAAAGCUCUAAGAUUUGAUCACGUCAACUCCAAAUUAUCAAAAAUUUAGAUUAGUGAGUGAUGAUCUGAAGCAAAUCUUGGCUUUUUGAUA